GAGAAACUUCCAUUGGCCAAUCGGAUGAGAGCAUCGCGGAGCCAUUGCUGAACGAGUUCAGUUGUUCGUGUUGUGUUUAUUUACGUCAGAGAAAGCUUGUUGCAAGCUUUUCUCAACCCCAAGAUAAUUCGGAUUACCACACUUUCGGAAGUAGAUGAAGGUUAUAGCAUGUCGCGGAAGGAGACACGAUACGAGCAGACUAAUAAUCACCGGCGUACCCAUACCUACAUGCCACCCGAUGAGGUCGCCUCUGGCAAGAAGUCUUAUUGGCCAGAGUUGGAGAUAACAGGGACUAUUCGCAAUCUGAGUCCGCAGCUGUGGGAACUCUCGCAUUUGACAACGUUGUACCUGAAUGACAACAGCCUGACGCGCAUACCCGGCGAAAUAUGCAACUUGGUCAACCUGAGACAUCUCGACCUCUCCAGCAAUAAACUUCGCAGUCUGCCAGCUGAGCUUGGCGACCUCAUCCUUCUCAGGGAGUUGCUGCUAAACAAUAACUUCCUCCGUGUUCUGCCCUACGAACUGGGCAAACUGUUCAAACUUCAGGUGCUUGGUCUGAAGGGGAACCCAUUGACCAAGGAGAUCAUGUCUCUCUACAUGGAGCCCAACGGCACCCACAAGCUGCUCACCUACAUGAUGGACAACUUGCAAGUUGGUACACAGCCCCCUCAACGACAGUGGUUAUUCCUCAGUAAACCGGACACAAGCAGACCAUCAUGCAUCUUUACUGUAAUGUGCUACAACGUUUUAUGCGACAAGUACGCCACCCGGCAGAUGUACGGCUACUGUCCCAGCUGGGCGCUCAACUGGGAAUACCGCAAGAAAGGCAUCUUGCAGGAGUUAAGAACGUGUGCCGCCGACAUCAUAAGUCUUCAGGAGGUGGAAACGGAUCAGUUCUACAACUUCUUCCGUCCAGAACUGAAAAACGACGGCUACUACGGCAUUUUCUCGCCAAAGUCGCGCGCCAAGACGAUGGGAGAGAGUGAACGAAAGUAUGUCGACGGUUGCGCCAUCUUCUUCCGGACUUCCAAGUUCCAGCUCAUUGCCGAGCACCUGGUAGAGUUCAAUCAGCUGGCCAUGGCUAACUCGGAAGGCUCGGACGACAUGCUCAACAGGGUCAUGCCCAAGGACAACAUCGGCCUCGCCGCCCUUCUCAAGACUAAGGAGGCUGCCUGGGAAACAGGUCCGCCUUCUGAUCCAGCGCAGGUGAAUCAGCUGCUGUUGGUGUGCACAGCGCACAUACACUGGGACCCCGAGUUCUGCGACGUCAAACUGAUCCAGACGAUGAUGCUGUCACACGAACUGCGCACCAUCCUUGACGAGGCGUCCAACAACUUCCGGCCGGGCCACAAACCCGACCCCAACAGCAUCCAGCUGCUGCUCUGCGGCGACUUCAACUCACUGCCCGACUCGGGCGUCGUCGAGUACCUUACAAAGGGCCGCGUGCCGGCCGACCACCGCGACUUCAAAGACCUUAAGUAUAAGUCAUGUCUUCAGCGCAUCUCAUCCAGGGACAAGUCCAACGAGUACACACAUUCCUUCCAGCUGGGCACCGCCUACACGGAGGAUAUCAUGCCCUACACCAACUACACUUUUGACUUCAAGGGCAUCAUCGACUACAUUUUCUAUCCGAAAACCACAAUGACACCACUCGGUUUGCUGGGUCCAAUUUCUCCCGAGUGGAUGCGAGAAAACAAGGUUGUCGGCUGCCCUCACCCCCACGUACCAUCAGAUCACUUUCCUCUGCUUGUCGAGUUGGAGAUGAAGCCGUCAGUCAGCUCGGCGAACGGGCUCAUCUCGAAUCGAAGGUAGCAGUCAGGUAGCACAGCGCUGUGAUGCAGGUUGGCCUUCUCCCACGAACUGCAAACCAUCGAACAGGCCUAACCGUGCUCCGAUUGCCUUCACGAUUGAAAAAAUGAAAAUGACAAGACAGAAGAAUAUUAUCACACUCUCACUGGAACAGAAAAACAAGCAAAACAAACACACUCGCCACUUCCUGCUGUGCUGGCCUUCGUAUUUUAUAACACAUAGAUUAUAUAUUCAGCUACGUCCCUGUGAUACCUCUCCUUACCCCUGUCCUCCGCCUGGGAAAGGGUGUCCGCCCUCUUUGUCAGAGAAAAACAAAACCUUUGUUAAUUGUGCACAAUUGAUCAGCUUUUUUAUAAUUUUGUAGUUCUUUUAAUCGUUCCUGUCAAAUCAUUUUUACUUUGAAUAAAAACUCGGUCCUCUCCGGCCGACUUUUCGGCGCAGGGGAUCUGGAAAGUUUUUGUGGCGAGCCGUCGUGCUGUGUGAAAUUAAUGAGACUGACUUUUGUCAAUGCAGCAUUUAUAUUUAAUAAAGAAAGCAACCAACAAAUAAUAAAGUAACUAACUAUUGUGAAUCGGCAGCACCACGGCUCCCCCAAAUCCAACCCCUUUGGAAAUACAAAUGUUUGUCUUUGGACGAAAUUAUUGUCUCUCAAGGACCCUUCCCCCCCCCCAUCCCUCCCGCGCACCACCUUCCCCCUGAAUGAUUUUUGUGUCCCUUUUUAUGUUGUGUUGUAAUGUGUAAACUCCCAUGACAGGUAUUUCUGGAAAUAUGAUUGUGUGACUUGUUUAUGAUUUGAUGUAAAAGUGGCUUAAAAAAUGAUGAUUUCAAAUUGAACGUUCGACCUGAUGAUUAUCUAUAUUAUCUAAAUUGCUUGAAGUCUAAAGGGUUGGGGGCCACGGAUUAUGUUACUGGUGUUGGUCCUUCCCUAAAUCGCCGUGCAAUCUUUGUUUUUUUCCCUCGGAAUAAUAAUUUUACUGCGUGAGAUAAAUACUGAAAGGUCAGGAAAACCAAAAAGACACACAAAUGCGACGGUGACGUAUCAAAUAGCAGAUUAAAUUGAUGAAGGAAAUGGAAACAGAGAUCUUUUGAGAGCAGAUUUUUGGUGAAUCUGGAAGAUUUUACAUGUUGAUUUGUUUAUUAGCUGCGGAUGAACAAGACGUUUGAGAUGAUCGUAAAUAUGUGGUUUUUUGUAAACGGCAGAUUUUCUGUUCUGCGUGCAUGUAACUUACAAAAAAAAAAACUUGAAUGUCUUUUAUUGCCCAUCUAAAGAGAAACGAAUUCAUCUUGUGAUUCCUUUAAUUAAUUUUUGUCAUCAUUUAAAACUUAAAUAGUAUUUUGAUUUUAAUAUAAAGCUUAAAAACCAUAAAAAAAUAAAAAUUUUAUUGAAAAAGUAAAA